AUGUUAAACCUCGUUCCUGAUGGUGAAGUAUGCGAAUGGAAACUCCGCGUCCACAGUCCUCUUCCUACCUGGGUCCGUGGAUCUAUCGCACUAGUCGGGGAUACCUGCCAUCCAACUCUUCCUCAUCUAGCCCAGGGCGCCGCACAAGCCGGCGUUCUAGGCGCAGUAUUUUCUAAAUGUCCAUCCAAUGAUUCAUCAGAUAUCAAUAAAUCUUUACUCGUAUAUGAAAGCGUAAGGAAAGAACGUGCCGAAACUCUUGUUCAGCUAGCCGCACAAUCCGGACGAGCUUUACAUCUAGGAGGUGGAGCUGCAAAGACAGAGAGAGACAAGCGGUUCGCUUCCUUGAAGCAGGAUGGAGGUGCGGUUCCAGAUAAAUGGGCUGAUGCUGAUGUCCAAAAGAAGAUUUAUGGUUUUGAUUGUUAUCAAGUUGCCCUUGAUAGGUUUGAUGAUGUAUUUGCAAAGGCCAACGAGGGUCAAUUUGUUGGUCUAGGUCAACAACCGGUUAAUAGUAGCGGCAUGAACGGGAAUGCUGCGAAGAUAUAA